AUGGACACCUCGGACCCGCGGCAGGAGCGGCCGCCCCCCAAGCGGGGGCCGCCCCCCGCCGCCCCCCAAGGCCCCCGCGACCACCUGGUCUGGGCCAUCUUCAACACCCUCUACAUGAACUUCUGCUGCCUGGGCUUCGUGGCGCUCGCCUUCGCCGUCAAGGCUCGGGACAGGAAAGUGUCCGGGGAUGUGGAAGCUGCUCAGCACUUCAGCUCCAAGGCGCGGUGCUACAACGCCCUGGCCACGGCGGGCAGCGUGCUGCUGCCCCUGCUGCUCGGGGCCCUCAUUGUCACCGGCGUCAUCCACCUCUCCAAGCUGGCCCAGGAGUCCGUGGGCUUCUUCACCUACCAGCUCAGCGGCAGCGACGACGAGGACCAGUGA